CGCGGGUUCCGGUUCUCGGGGGGUAAUUUGCUUCCGUUAAAUUUUGUCUCGAUAUUUCACUUCACAGCCCUCGUGGAUCAUAUAUGAAGAGCAUCAGGCUGUUUUUUCUCAAAUCUUUCUUUUUAGCUGAAGUUUAUUCGCAUACUGGGUGAUCAACAUUGCGGACUCGCGGAGCUUGUUUAACUCUGCAACUUUGGAUUGCUCCAUAUGACGUCGCGUGGGACCCGCGUUCCCCUUACAUUGGUUUUGUUGCUAUAAUGGGCUCAUGGAAUAAAAUCCUGGGUUUCCUCCACGGUGGAAAUGAAUCUAAGCGGCCGAGGUUUCUAGAAAUCAGAUCGGCAAGAUGGUUUAUUCUAUUCACUGUCUCUUUCGCUGCAUGCACGGAUAUCUUUAUGUAUGGACUGAUUGUGCCUGUCACGCCUACAGCCUUGGAACGCAGAGUAGGUCUUGCAGAAGAUAAAGUUCAGACGUGGACGUCCGUUCUGCUUGCAUUGUACUCUGCAGCAUUGCUUGCUUUUUCUCCUAUAAUCGGUUAUCUCGCCGACCGAGCCGGGUCUCGAAGAUGGCCGUUCCUCGUCGGUCUGGUUCUUCUGGCUGCUGCAACUGCAUUACUUUGUAUUGGAACCAAUAUCGGUCUUUGGAUCGCGGGCCGCCUGUUCCAAGGUGCUGCGGCAGCCGUUGUCUGGACUGUCGGCAUCGCACUGUUGGUCGAUACCGUUGGUAAAGAAGGCUUGGGCCAGGCUAUUGGAUAUGUGUCUAUGUCUCUAAGUAUUGGCACACUGGCUGGUCCGCUUCUUGGUGGUGUCCUCUACCAACAUGGCGGGUACUAUUCUGUCUUUGGUCUUGCCUUUGGUUUGAUCGGCAUCGAUAUUCUUCUGCGGUUGGUUUUGAUCGAGAAGAAACAUGCUGCACGAUGGCUCACGCCUGAGAGAAGGCCAUUAUCACCGGAGCAGAAUGUCGGGGAAAAGACACCGACGGACACUGCACCCGAGUCUUCAGUAAUGGGAAAUGGCACACCAUCUGAUCCGUCCGAAAAGCAGUCAACCAAAGCUCGGAAUCCCCUCGUACAGGCCAUUACUCUGCUGAGCUCUUCUCGUCUGAUUGUCUCCCUCUGGGGAUAUUUUAUCGUGUCUUUGGUUUUGACCUCCUUCGACAGUGUCCUUCCUCUUUUCGUGCAAGAAACUUUCGGUUGGGAGCAGACGGGUCAAGGACUCAUCUUCAUUCCGAUGAUGGUUCCUCAUCUCACCGACCCAAUAACAGGGUAUAUAAUCGAUAAAUACCCAGGCUCCCCCCGCUAUCUUGCAAGCGGAGCAUUCAUUUGCGCGGUCCCCGUCGCCGUUCUCCUACGACUAGUGACCGACGACACGAUGCAUCACAAAGUAAUUCUUUGUGUUUUGCUAGCAUUACUUGGUCUGUGUCUGGCCGUUGCAAUGCCCCCGCUUGUCACGGAGGUCUUCCAUGCCGUCAAGGAAAAAGAAGACGAGUUCCCCGAUAGCUUCGGCCGUGGUGGUGCCAUGGCGCUUGCAUUCGGUUUGUCCAAUAUGGGCUUCGCAGCGGGCAGUCUUGUUGGGCCAUUCUUUGCUGGAUUUAUCCGGCAGGACGCUGGUUGGGGGACUAUGGGAUGGGCCAUGGGCCUCAUUGCUGGUGUAUCUGCAAUCCCCGUAUUGUUAUUCAUUGGAGGUUGGAUUGGUAAGAAGCCGUCUGCUCCAACUGAAGCUGAUAAAUCGACGUUGGAGUAGGUGAUGGAUUGUCUCGUGCAUUGCUUCCCCUGGAAUGCGGUUCUUUCUCUUCUUCACAUCAUUUACUAGCAUACUUCUCUCCUCAUACUGUACAUAUAGCGAUGACAAAAGAUAGAUCUCUGCUCUAAGGCA